GUAUUGAUACAUGCAUAAAGAAAGAUCAUCAGAAACUCAAAGGGAGGGAACUUAUGAUUUGCUGCAAACAGUUAUUCAAGAAAGGGUUGCAUGUAAUUCAGUUAAUUUACCUGUUCAGCACUGACUCAAAAAUAGAGCAAAAUGACACUUGUUUGUACUUGUCCUAGAAAUGUAGUUUUUUUUAUUUAUUUUACUUUGUAACCCCUCCCCAAAUCAAGUUGCUCUCAUUUAAAUUUUUUCUUUAUUUUUUAUAAAUACAUUUUUAUUGUAUUUAUCGUAUUUGCUCAUAGGUCCAGUGGGGGAAAAUGUUAUGAGUAUUAAAACACUUAAUUUUGGCGUGUGGCUGUAAAGAAAAUUUGGGGGUGGGGUGGAAUGAUUGAUUUUGAGUAGCUUGUACAUGGCCAGAAUAUAAUGUAUUCCUCAGAGUGUUUGAUUUGUAACUAAAAUCAUUACAUGGUUUACUGGUUUUAGUAGAAAGGUCAGACAUUAUUUGGUCAUGAAAUAAAUGUUUUCAUUUGUUUUGUCAGAAAAGUAAAUUCAACUUUCAUAUAUCAUUUUGAGUGUUUCUGGCAUAAUUCCAUUACUUGCAGUCAUUUUGCAUGGAUUUACUAUUACUUCAGCAUUUUGAUACAAAAAAAUCAAGUCUUGGAAUUACAAAAAAUGUGAAGUGAGGUAGAAGGUGUUGAGGAAUUGAUGAUCAAAUGUAAAAUUGGUAAUUUAAUGGAGCAUGUUACCUAAAAAGAUUUUGCCCUGUUUCUGAUUUCAUUCUAUUAUUGAUUGUAAUUGAUUCUAUUAUUGCAUAUUUUUCACCCUGAAUUGUUUCUGAUAUUUAGUAAUAUCAGACAACGGGAAACUGAAUGAACACAAAACACUUUUUAAAAACAAUUUCAUUUAUUUAAUGAGUUUAAGUUCUCAAACACCCAUGUGAAAAAGUAAUAUAAUUUGAUUCAGCUAAUGGAACACAGCCAGUCUUGAUUGCAGGCAGCCCGGUUGAAUCUAAACCUCACUCAUGUUCAACCUUGCCCUCAGUGUGAAGUGGUCACCACACUAUACCAUGAUAAUAGGAAAUUCCCACAGAGAUGAAAGAAAAAGUUGUUGAACUGUAUCAGUCUGGACAGGGUUACAAAGCCAUUUCUAAUGCUUUUGUAAAUGGGGCCCAAUUACUCCCUGAAACUAAGAUACUAAAUGGUGAAAAUCCCGUGGUAUCAAAGGCCUAUGGACACAAGCCUGUUUGUGUGUACAGCUGGUUUUGUGAGUGGUAAGGCAGGCUUGGGCGCUUUGCCGUAGGAGGUAUAUUUAGAUGUUUAUAAAAUCCAAGUUGGCUUCCCUGUUAGUGACCGUGAAAGAGGCGCCAGGGGAUAUAAAUACCUCCAAGCAGAGGCUUGUUUUAGUCAGAGGUAGGGAGAAGGGGGUGGAGACAGUAGCUAUGGCCUGCAAAAAGUCAGAGCAGGAGGUCUGUGAUCUGAACACCACAACGUCCUCCAAGUUGCAUGCUGGGGACUUGGACUCUGCCCACGAAUACCCCUGCGUGACCUCUGAGGAGCUAGAGAGGGAGAUGGUGCCAGACGUGGUCCUUCAGGUUGACACGGAGAGUUUCCUGGUGAACCGACAGAGGCUAGCAGGCUUGAGCCCUUACUUCCGGGCCCUGUUUUACGGGGGAGGCCUAGAGAGCACAAAGAGCCACAUUGAGAUCAAAGGGGUUCGCUUGGAGCAAUUCCGCACCCUGAUGGAAUACGCACGCAGCUCCAUUUUGGCCUUGGACAGGGAGAACGUGCUGGCUAUUCUGGAAACGGCGGACUACCUUCAGCUGGAGAAGGCAAGGUUGCUGUGCUGCAAGUUCCUGGAGAGGGAGCUGCACCUGAGCAACUGUCUGGGCAUGAUGGCCUACGCCUGGCAGCUGGGCUGCCUGGAACUGUAUGCGGUGGCGCUGGAGGUGGCUCUCACCCACCUGCCUGCUCUGGCGUGCGAGGAGGACUUCAUGUACCUGUCCAAGGAGAAUGUGGCCGACCUCCUCUCAAGCAAUGACCUGUUCCUGCCGCGGGAGGACUUUGCAUUCGAGGUUGCCCUGCGCUGGGCGGCUUUCGACCCCAGCCGCGAGGAUGACUUCCGGGAGCUGGCUGGGCUGGUGAGGCCUGAGUUCCUCAGUCUGUCUUACAUCAGCGAACUGCUGACCAGUGUCAAGGGCUCUGACCCCCGUGCCAAGCUCAUCUGCAAACUGGACUCCAACCCUCCGGCCAGCUGGGCUGAACCACGAUCCGUGCCUCGACUCAGGGCCCAGGAGUCUCUCUACAUGCUUGGUGGGCCCCAUGACCAUGACGAGCAGAUGCUGUACCAGUUCCAUCCCCAUUGUGGGCUGUGGAAGUCCUGUGCACCCCUCAAAAGGAAACAUCUCACACACUAUGCUGUGGCAGCAGUAGGGGAAAUUGUGGUUGUGACGGGGGGUCACUUCCUCGAUGAGGUGGUGUGGUACAGCGUGGACUGGGUGCGAGUGUUCCAGUCCGCGCGAGGUAACUGGGUGGACGGACCCUCCAUGCAGAAGUCCCGGCACAACCACUGCUCCGUGGGGCUCGGGUACGAGCUGUUUGUCCUGGGUGGCAGCAUGGAUGAGGGGCCCAUAGCAGACGUGGAGAGGUUGAUGCUGGGAGCAGAGAGCUGGGUGAACGUCAGCCCCAUGGUGCGGGCAGUGGAGAGAGCGGCUGUGGUCGCCAUGGGCUCCUGCAUCUACAUAGCCUGUGGCUUGGAUGAAAAUGGAGAGGUCUACAGUGGCAUCCAAAGGUACCAGGUGCAGACGGACCAAUGGGAUGUAGUCUCCUACUCCCCACUCCCACGGUAUGACCUCCUUGCCACCAAACUGAACGGCGCGCUAUACCUGUUUGGAGGUCAGGCCCUGCGACUAGACGUGACAACGGAUGAGUGGACAGUUAUAGAGGAAGUGUGUCUGGAGAAGAAAUUCUUCACAGGCUGCAGCACUGCCAAUGGCCAAGUAUACCUGGUGGGGGAGCGUAAAGGUAACAAGACCCUCCCCAACAUGGUGCUCCUGGACCCUUAUACUGACACCUGUAUAGAAAUGGACAACAGCAUCCCGUGUCCUCUACCAGUCCGUGGCUGUGUCACCAUCAGGGUUACUUCCUGAUAUCAAGCCAUGAUAGGACUCAACUUGGGCCAGAAGUCUUGCCAGGCCAAGGUGCACAAAAACACCCUCUUCAUGUGUGGAUUUUCUCUGUGAUUGACAGUCAUUAUCAAACCCUCCUCCUCCUCUCUGGGUAUUCUGGUGUGCCUCAGGUGGAAGUGGUAAGCUGUACACUGCAUGCUUUUAAUUCUGUUUAAAUUAUAUCAUUUAGUUAAUCAUAAUCUAUAUGAUCAGCUCUAACAAAAGCAGGUAACUUUGUUAUUGAUGUUUGUGUAUAUGCAAAUACUUUUACAGUAGAUAUACAGAAAUGGUUGAUGUAUGUUAUUAAUGCAUGUGAUCUGUUUUAUGCACAAAAUUUCUCUGGAUGUACCAAUAUUGGUUGUACCAACACAAAACACAAUGUGUCAAUUUAAUCAAAAUGGAUUUAUUAUUAAUAUUAAAUGGAUCACAAAGAGAAAAGACUUAUGUGACAUACUUUUAAAAUUCUGGAACAACAUUGACUAAUAUACAAUAAUUGCCUUGAGGAAUGUUGUUUUCUAUUUAAAAUCUUUUAGAACACCUAUUGGUCACAGAGAUCAAAUGUAACAGAUCUAGCUAAAGCACAGCCAAAUGCAAUAAAGUCGUUUUAAUAGAAAAAUGGACCAUGGAACAAAUGGUAGAUAUUAUGCAUCACUAUACACUAACUGCAUAAAAUUAGCAGCUAGAAGAUAAAAACACAACCCUAGAAACAAGUCACUCAAGUUUCAGUCGUGUACACUUAACAAAUCUGAAUGACAUUCAGUUCUGUUUUUUGCAAUGUGAAUUUCUGGAAAGAAAAAAUGUGUCUACAGUAUAAAAAAGAAUUACAUUUAAACAAUUAAAGCAUUUUUCUUAGCAUUUUUGACUUAGACUGAUAUAUCAUAGCCAAAGUACAAUACAAAUUUGAUUCAGAACAUAAUUAUUUAUACCAUUUAAGCAAAGAAAUAAAAAGCAGUAUCAUUUUUAGACUUAAAUGGUGCAAAAUGGCAGUCAACAUAAAACAGACAGCUAUAUUUACAGCGAAUUUGUAUAAAUCAUAUAGCCUCAUAGUACUGUCCCAAAAAUAACAGUAUGAGGAAAGAGUAUCCUGGCAACUAUCUAUUCUCACAAUUCCCUGUAUACUUCUGCAAACCACUAAAUGAACGGAAAGUCAAGAGCUUUCCAUGUCUGUGCUAUUAAACAUAUUUUUCAUCUCAUCAAAAUGCAGCAACAUGCUAUUCAAGCCCUUAUCCCAUAUCUUUAGUUAUCAACAGCAUGUCUGUGCUCUGUCCAUUUUAAACCUGCAUUAACUGGAAGAUUGAACCUCACUGUAAUGGAUUCAAUUAAGAAGUAUGCAUUGUCAAUAAAAAGAACAACUAAGUGUAAACAAUUAAAUAAAUUAAGUGUGGGUCUGUACUAUUUACAUUUGCAUCUUUAUGGAAAGUGGAGCCUCAAAUCACCAAGCACCAGUUUUACCUGCUGAAGUUGCAGGUCCUCUUACCCCUCACUAGGGGGUACUAUUACAUUGUCAUUGCCCAGACAGCAUGAAGCAAAUCGGUGACAAAUGCAACAGGAACAUCACCAAAAGCUUUAAAAUGGCUCAGUGCACAAAAUGAUAGUAUUACGCAAACAAACGACCAAUUUGGGCUAAAAUACAUACAUUUAUAAUAAAUAAUUGUGGCACUGUUCCAAAAACAAUGACAACUGAAGAAUUUUCCAAUUGUUUUGAGAUUGACUCAAAUGUUGGACUUGGGGGGGGGGGGGGGGGUUCCA